AAAUACCUAAUACUUUAACAAAAAUUAUCCUUAUAGGAUUUAUAGAAAUACUUGACAGCCUAUUAUAUAUUUGUGAACAUGACAUAUUGCAAUUUUUUUUUUGUAUAUAUAUCCGUAAAUUUGGCAAGAUUAUGUAAGUAAUAUUAUAAAUAACCAUACUGUAUUCUUAUCAUUGUCAAGUGUGCGGUUUAUCUUAAAUUCUAAAGAGAAGCUGCGAGCAUCUUCUACAUUACUCAUUACAUAAGUACUUAAUUAUUUCAUUUUAUUGUAACUGUAGUCAUAGUAUAUUAAAAUGCCGUCGGUUGUUGGGAAAUAUCAGCAUUACAAAAAUGAAAAUAUUGACGAAUACUUCAGUGCUGUCGGCGUCCCUUAUAUGGCCCGAAAGAUGAUUGCGAUGUCAUCGCCGCUGAUGGAAAUUACCUAUGAUGGUAAAACAAUGACCAUUAAAAAUAGUUCUUUAUUACGAACAACGGAAAGUACAUUUAAAAUUGGUGUUGAGUAUGAUGAACAUAUGCCCGCUAACACCAUAAAAAGUAUAACUACAUUUAUAAACGAUAACGAAAUGGAAACAAAAUCAGUAAUACCAGAUACAAAUGAAAAUACCUCCAGACAUUAUUUGUUUACUGACGACGAAUGUAUAAUCACCCUGACUCAUGAAAAAGCUAAGAUUGCUGGAAAGCGUUAUUUUAGAAGAUUAUCGCAAUAGGAUAUUGUAACAAUUAUCAAAUAAAAUAAACAAAAAGUUGAA